AUGCCAGAGAUUUAUGGGCCUCAGCCGUUGAAACCACUGAAUACGGUGAUGAGACAUGGAUUUGAAGAGCAAUACCAGAGCGAGCAGCUGUUGCAGUCACUCGCAAACGAUUUUAUAUUCUAUUUUGAUGAUAAACGACACAGAACCAACGGGAACCCAAUCCCUGAUGAGGAUAAACAAAAAGAUGUGAAUCGUUAUUACCAGCCGAUUACAGAUUGGAAGAUUAUGAAAGACAGGCAAAAGACGGUAAGUGCUGCCCUCUUAUUAUGUUUAAAUUUGGGCGUCGACCCCCCAGAUGUUAUGAAAACACACCCGUGUGCCAGGGUUGAAGCAUGGGUAGAUCCUUUGAAUUUCCAGGACUCAAAGAAAGCGAUAGAACAAAUUGGUAAGAAUUUACAAGCGCAGUACGAAACACUGUCCUUAAGAACACGUUACAAGCAAAGCUUGGAUCCCUGUGUUGAGGAUGUCAAACGGUUUUGUAACUCAUUAAGAAGGACUUCUAAAGAGGAUAGGAUCCUUUUCCACUAUAACGGGCAUGGGGUACCCAAGCCUACGAAAUCGGGUGAAAUUUGGGUUUUCAACAGGGGAUAUACUCAGUACAUUCCCGUUUCAUUGUAUGAUUUGCAAACUUGGUUGGGUGCCCCAUGUAUAUUCGUUUAUGACUGUAAUAGUGCCGAGAAUAUACUAAUUAACUUCCAAAAGUUUGUACAAAAGAGAAUCAAAGACGAUGAAGACGGAAACCACGAUGUGGCCGCACCAUCGCCAACGUCAGCCUAUGAAGAUUGCUUCCAACUAGCUUCUUGCAGAUCAGAUGAACUUUUACUUAUGAGCCCUGAAUUACCAGCAGAUUUGUUUAGUUGCUGUUUAACUUGUCCGAUUGAAAUCAGCAUUCGUAUCUUUCUCAUGCAAUCACCCUUGAAGGAUUCCAAGUAUAAGGUUUUCUUCGAAAAUGCAACUUCAAACCAAUCGUUUGCUGAUAGUAGAAACUCAUUCAAGUCCAAAAUACCCAACGUAAAUAUUCCUGGUAUGCUAUCAGACAGAAGAACACCACUGGGUGAACUAAACUGGAUCUUCACAGCUAUAACAGAUACUAUUGCAUGGACCUCCCUCCCUAGACCACUUUUUAAAAAAUUAUUCAGACAUGAUUUAAUGAUCGCUGCACUUUUUAGGAAUUUUCUUUUGGCCAAAAGAAUAAUGCCGUGGUAUAAUUGUCACCCUGUGUCCGAUCCGGAACUACCAGAUAGUAUAACCACACAUCCGAUGUGGAAAUCUUGGGAUUUGGCCAUGGAUGAGGUGCUAACUAAAAUAGUCAUUGACCUUAAAAAUGCGCCCCCAGCCACUGCCUUAGAAAGUCAGAUGAUUCUACAACAACAGGAAACGUUGCAGAAUGGUAGCAGUUCAAAACCUACCCCCCAAGAAACAAAGGCUGGAAGUAUGCAAACUCAAUCAAGAUUCGCAGUGGCGAAUUUAAGCACAAUGUCUUUGGUGAAUAACCCUGCGGCUCAAUCGAGAAAGUCGAUAUCUCUGCAAAGUUCACAACAAGCACAGCAGCAGCAGCAGCAGCAGCAGCAGCAAUUCACAGGUUUUUUUGAACAAAAUCUGACCGCUUUUGAAUUGUGGUUGAAAUAUGCUUCAAAUGUUAGGCACCCGCCUGAGCAGCUUCCGAUCGUUUUACAGGUUCUGCUUUCACAGGUACACCGUAUACGUGCGUUAGUACUUUUAUCGAGAUUUUUAGACUUGGGGCCAUGGGCAGUUUACCUGUCACUUUCUAUUGGUAUCUUCCCCUACGUUUUAAAAUUACUACAAAGCCCAGCACCAGAAUUGAAGCCCAUUCUAGUAUUUAUUUGGGCUCGCAUCAUGUCAAUAGAUUAUAAGAAUACUCAAAGUGAAUUAAUCAAAGAAAAAGGAUACAUGUACUUUAUAACAGUAUUGGUACCGGAUUGGGGAGUAGGUGGACCUUCACCUACGAAUGGCUCAACUAUGAUGAAUGGCGGAAAUCCACUAACAAUGACUGCAUCGCAAAAUAUAAAUGCCCCAAGAUCGAGAUAUUAUGAUCAGCAACAGGCCAAUAGAACACCGAAUAUGGGCCAUAGUAGUCUACCAUUCUAUCAUUCUAACGACACCACUGAUGAACAAAAGGCUAUGGCUGUGUUCGUGUUGGCUUCUUUCGUUAGAGAUUUUCCUUUGGGGCAAAAGAAUUGUUUUAGUUUGGAGUUAGUAAGCAAGCUGUGCUUUUAUAUUGAAAACUCAGAAAUUCCUUUAUUGAGACAAUGGUGCAUUAUUUUACUUGGUCUAUUGUUUGCUGAUAACCCCCUGAACAGGUUUGUCUGUAUGAAUACAGGUGCUGUUGAAAUAUUGUUGAAAUCUUUGAAAGACCCGGUAUCGGAAGUUAGAACAGCUUCCAUAUUCGCAUUGAAACAUUUCAUAUCUGGAUUUCAAGAUUCAGAGGUGAUUUUGAGGUUGCAGCAAGAAUUUGAGCAACAAUAUCAACAAUUGCAUUCCCAAUUACAACAUCUACAAAGCCAAUCUCAUGUUCAACAACAGCAACAGUCCCAACAGCAACAGCAGCAUCUUGAACAACAGCAAAUGAAAAUUGAAAAACAAAUUCGUCAUUGUCAAGUUAUGCAAAAUCAAUUGGAAAAUAUCGAUUUGAGAAAAUUGAAAAGACAAGAAAUUGCUGAUCUAAUUUCGAUUCUACCCUUAAUUAAUGAUGGAUCGCCGUUAGUCCGUAAGGAACUUAUUAUAUACUUUUCUCUUAUCGUGAACCGCUAUUCAAAUUUUUUCAUCGUUGUUGUAUUCAAUGAUUUGUUGGAAGAAAUAAAACAACUAGAGAAAACAGACAUCAAUACACGGAAUGCUUCAGAUAAGUAUUCGGUAAGUCACGGUUCAAUUUUUUAUACUGUUUGGAAAUCUCUUUUAAUUUUAGCAGAAGACCCCUUUUUAGAGAAUAAAGAAUUAUCUAAGCAGGUGAUCGAUCAUAUUUUGCUCGAAUUGAGCGUCCAUAAAGAACUCGGCGGCACCUUUGAAGUCAUGGAAAAAUUCUUAUUGAAAAGGAGUUCGAAAGCCAACGAAAGUGGUAAAUUUGGAUUCAAUUCUUCUCAAGUUCAAUUUGUGAAAAGUUCGUUGAGGUCAUUUUCACCAAAUGGCAGGACAGAUACUAAUGCGCCCAAAAAGGAACAACAACAACGUGACCCAAAGGUAUCCCAUCCAAUACAAAUGUCUAUAACUAAGCUUUUUCAAAGUCUUGGUUUCAGCGAAUCAAAUAGUGACAAUGACACUCUAUCGUCAAGUGCAUCCAUUGAAUCCAAUGGUACAAAAAAGGGCCCUCCAGGCCUAUACUUGUCGAAUGGCAAUAACAAUCUUUAUCCAACUGCCAGCACUCCGAGGUUUCGUAGGUAUACUGAACCCUUAAGUAUGCCAUUACAGAGCACAUUCCUAGAUUACUCAAGUGAGUAUUUUCAAGAGCCACAAAUGAGAAAGCAAGAAGCGGAUGAACCUGGCAGUGUUGAAUACAAUGCCAGGUUAUGGAGACGUAAUAGAAAUGAAACGAUUAUCCAAGAAACACAAGGUGAAAAAAAGCUAUCGAUAUAUGGAAAUUGGUCAAAGAGAUUCAUCAGUUUGAAUAACAAAAGCCAACCAAAAUUAAUGAAGUUUACCCAAUUUGAAGACCAGCUUGUUACGGCAGAUGAUAGGAGUACGAUUACGGUAUUUGAUUGGGAAAAGGGGAAAACUUUGUCCAAGUUUUCUAAUGGUACUCCAUUUGGUACGAAAGUUACAGAUUUGAAAUUUAUCAACGAAGAUGAUUCGGCUCUUUUGUUGGCAGGCUCCUCGGAUGGGGUUAUUAAAAUAUAUAGAAACUAUCAUGAUAUCGAUAAUUUUGAAAUCGUAUCCGCCUGGAGAGGUUUAACUGAUAUGCUGUUAACUCCUAGAUCUACUGGUUUAUUGACAGAGUGGCUACAAAUAAGGGGUUCAUUAUUAACGACUGGUGAUGUGAAAGUCAUCCGUGUUUGGGAUGCGCAUACUGAAACUGUUGAAGUAGAUAUUCCCGCGAAAACAUCCUCCUUGAUUACUUCACUGACGGCUGAUCAAUUGGCUGGUAAUAUCUUUGUAGCAGGUUUUGCGGACGGCUCUCUCAGAGUAUACGAUCGCCGUUUAGAUCCAAGAGAUUCUAUGAUACGUCGUUGGAGGGCAGGAAACGAGAAACAAGGUGUUUGGAUCAAUAAUGUUCAUUUACAAAGAGGUGGCUACAGAGAAUUGGUUAGUGGGGCUACCAAUGGUGUUGUUGAGUUGUGGGACAUAAGAUCUGAGGAUCCAGUGGAGUCGUUUGUUGACCAGAAUGUGGCUUCCCAAUACGGAUCACAACAAAAACCGACCACAAUGACCUGUAUGCAGGUUCAUGAGCAUGCUCCUAUCAUUGCGACAGGUACCAAACAGAUCAAGAUUUGGACAACAUCUGGCGAUCUCUUGAACUCUUUCAAAAAUUCGCAUACUAAUGGUGUAACUAGUACGUUAGCUGCUACUGGUAUUCCAACAUCUUUAUCGUACUCUUCAACAUCAGACGCGUUCUUAUCCUCGAUGGCUUUCCAUCCCCAUAGAAUGAUGAUMGCUGCCACCAAUUCUCAUGAUUCUGUUGUAAACAUCUACAAAUGUGAAGAUGAAAGGAUCGAUUAUUUUUAG